AGCAAGUUGUUACAUCCAUCGUAUGCAUGGCGGAUCCAUCAAUCGGAAUUGGGCGUUGAGUGGGAGGUCUCCAUCGCACACGUAAUAUUAUCUAUGCAGAUUGGCGCGUCAUUUUGCAAGACGUGCAAACGUGCCGCGCAUGCAACGUGCCAACGCCGCCAAAGAGCCCUCGAAGAACGUUUCGGAUGGCAGACAGCUGUGCAGAAAACGCCGGAUGGUCCUCUCAUGCAGGUAGUUUGUACGCCAAUUUGUCCAGAAUGUCUCGGACAACGGUGGCAGAAGAAGCCGUUUAUUGAAGUGGAAGGCGGGCGUGUCUCUUGCCCAGUCACAGUCGUUCAUGAGAGAAAAAAAGGCAGGCCUGCUCUCGGUUUGAACCAAUGUGCUGGUUUAGAGCAAGUGUUUUCGACUGUUGAGUUACACAUUAGGCAUCGCAAGUCACGCGACAGCAAGAAGCAUUUGGUUUUGCGCGCACUGGAUUUGAAUUUGAUUGGCGGGCAUGUGUACGAGUGGAAACAGCUGGCACGCACGCUGCAUCUCAUGAAGGAUUAUGAGAGACACGCGACAAGGCUUGAAGUUCUCGACAAGUCGGAUCCACCCAUGGUCCUAUUGUUGAGGCCAGUGGUCGUGUUUCAGGGAAAGGUGCGAAUAUUAUUGGUGGUCACAGAGGAAGCAAGACUGGGCGGGCGAUUGAUCGAUCGAACCCUGCGCGCACAUAGCGCUGUCCAAAUGGAAGUUCCGGACGAGCUGCUUGACUUUGUGCAGGGGGUGCAUCAUUCAGCCUUGUCAAGCAGCUGGCCGGAAGCCCCACUGCAGGUUGAUCUCGGGGCAGCAAGCCCACCCGCUUUGGAUGUGGAUUGGCAAGAUGACGACACGGACGAACUGCUUGACUUCGUGCAGGCGGCAGCCCCACUGCAGUUUGAUCUCGGGGCUUGCUGCCCACCCGCUUUGGAUGUGGAUUGGCAAGAUGACGACACGGACGAACUGCUUGACUUCGUGCAAGCGGUGCUGCACUCAGCCUUGUCAACCAGCUGGCCGGCAGCCCCACUGCAGGUUGAUCUCGGGGCUUGCUGCCCACCCGCUUUGGAUGUGGAUUGGCAAGAUGGCGACACGGACGAACGGCUUGACUUCGUGCAGGCGGUGCAGCAUUCAGCCUUGUCAAACAGCUGGCCGGCAGCCCCACUGCAGGUUGAUCUUGGGGCUUGCUGCCCACCCGCUUUGGAUGUGGAUUGGCAAGACGACACGGACGAACUGCUUGACUUCGUGCAGGCGGUGCAGCAUUCAGCCUUGUCAAGAAGCUGGCCGGCAGCCCCACUGCAGGUUGAUCUCGGGGCUUGCUGCCCACCCGCUUUGGAUGCUGAUUGGCAAGACGACGACACGGACGAACUGCUUGACUUCGUGCAAGCGGCGCAGCGCUCAGCAUUGUCAACCAGCUGGCCGGCAGCCCCACUGCAGGUUGAUCUUGGGGCUUGCUGCCCACCCGCUUUGGAUGUGGAUUGGCAAGAUGGCGACACGGACGAACGACUUGACUUCGUGCAGGCGGUGCAGCAUUCAGCCUUGUCAAACAGCUGGCCGGCAGCCCCACUGCAGGUUGAUCUCGGGGCUUGCUGCCCGCCCGCUUUGGAUGUGGAUUGGCAAGAUGAUGACACGAACGAACUGCUUGACUUCGUGCAGGCGGUGCAGCAUUCAGUCUUGUCAAACAGCUGGCCGGCAGCCCCGCUGCAGGUUGAUCUCGCAGCUUGCUGCCCACCCGCUUUGGAUGUUGGUUGGCAAGAUGACGACACGGACGAACUGCUUGACUUCGUGCAGGCGGUGCAGCAUUCAGUCUUGUCAAACAGCUGGCCGGCAGCCCCGCUGCAGGUUGAUCUCGGGGCUUGCUACCCACCCGCUUUGGAUGUGGAUUGGCAAGAUGACGACACGGACGAGCUGCUUGACUUGGCGCAGGCGGUGCAGCAUUCAGCCUUGUCAAACAGCUGGCCGGCAGCCCCACUGCAGGUUGAUCUCGGGGCUUGUUGCCCACCCGCUUUGGAUGUGGAUUGGCAAGAUGACGACACGGACGAACUGCUUGACUUCGUGCAGGCGGUGCAGUAUUCCGCCUUGUCAAGCAGCUGGCCGGCAGGCCCGCUGCAGGUUGAUCUCGGGGCUUGCUGCCCACCCGCUUUGGAUGUGGGUUGGCGCAACGACGACGAAAGCAAGCUGCUUGUCUCGGUGCAGGAGAUGCAUCAUUCUGCCUUGUCAAACAGCUGGCCGGCAGCCCCACUGCAGGUUGAUCUCGGGGCUUGCUGCCCACCCGCUUUGGAUGUGGGUUGGCAAGAUGACGACACGGACGAACGGCCUGACUUCGUGCAGGCGGUGCAGCGUUCAGCCUUGUCAAACAGCUGGCCGGCAGCCCCACUGCAGGUUGAUCUUGGGGCUUGCUGCCCACCCGCUUUGGAUGUGGAUUGGCAAGAUAACGACACGGACGAACUGCUUGACUUCGUGCAGGCGGUGCAGCAUUCAGCCUUGUCAAACAGCUGGCCGGCAGCCCCACUGCAGGUUGAUCUCGGGGCUUGCUGCCCACCCGCUUUGGAUGUGGGUGGGCAAGAUGACGACACGGACGAACGGCUUGACUUCGUGCAGGCGGUGCUGCACUCAGUGUUGUCAACCAGCUGGCCGGCAGCCCCACUGCAGGUUGAUCUCGGGGCUUGCUGCCCACCCGCUUUGGAUGUGGAUUGGCAAGAUGACGACACGGACGAACGGCUUGACUUCGUGCAGGCGGUGCAGCGUUCAGCCUCGUCAAACAGCUGGCCGGCAGCCCCGCUGCAGGUUGAUCUCGGGGCUUGCUACCCACCCGCUUUGGAUGUGGAUUGGCAAGAUGACGACACGGACGAACUGCUUGACUUCGUGCAGGCGGUGCAGCAUUCAGCCUUGUCAACCAGCUGGCCGGCAGCCCCGCUGCAGGUUGAUCUCGGGGCUUGCUGCCCACCUGCCUUGGAUGUGGAUUGGAAAGCCGGCGAUGCAGACGCGUUGCUUGAUUUGGUGCAGGAGAUGCAGCGUGUUGCACUGUGGAACAUUUGGCCGGCAGCGCCGCUGCAGGCUGAGCUUGGGGCUUGGUUGUCUCCUGGUCUUGAUUUUAACUGGCGCAAAGACAGCGAUCUUGGGCAGUGUUCGAUUGAUUUAACGCAAGCCUGGUGCACUGUGACACUUACUUGGGGGCAUGGCGGCAGAUUUAAGUCUGACAUGGACUUGCACUCUUGGAUAGGUGGCCAACACCUUUACUAUGCCAGAAGGACGCUGGGUUGCUGCCAGCUGGACUUUGAUGCAAAUGCCUUUGAGACAGAUUUGCAAGAGCAUCCUGCAGAGAGGCUUGCCCUGAAUGAGGCCGGCACGUUUCCCAUCCGGGUGGACAAUUACAAGAACCGUGACCAGAGCGACGUGCCAUUCGAGGUUGUGGUAGAAAAUCCUGACAAGGUCAUCAUCAGAGGCUUGCCCAAGGGGCAAGGCCGGCUUUGCACCAUCGAAGCGAAGGAAGGGAAGCGCAGAAAGGUGAAGGAUCAGAAGAACAGUAAGGCAAUGAGGGGCCAAAAUAAGAAGAAAGAAAAGCGGCGUCCUUGCUUUGAAGGGGACGACGAGGUACAGCCUGGAGAGGAGGAGGAGUCGGAGGACAAGGAGACUUGGAGCUCCAGCUGGUGGAGUCUUGUCAACGGAGCAGCCAGCUCUGUCAGAGCUGGGGUCAAAUUUGUGAAGGAUAAGGUUUUGACAGCCAGAAAGAGCCAGCGAAUUACCCGCGUUGCAGCGGAAGAGGUGGAGGCAGCGCCACCACAAGCGUCGUUGACAGGGGGAACCAGCUGCGGACGACGGAUCCUAACAAUUCAAGACAGCGGCUUUGUCGACCAGGCAGAAGAAGAUUGGCUAAGUGCUGUUUCACGCAGUGUCUGGGAAGAGGCAGUUACGGAGAUUAGCCUGCGCCCAGACGCCAAUGCAGCGUACGAAAAGAAGUGGAUUGAGGGUGGAAUUGCUGAGAUUCAUGCAGAGGGCCAGUUCGAGGUCUUAGAAAUCUUGCGGCCAGCGAAAGUCACAAUUCCAGGUGAAUGGCUCAAGACGAGACUUCCAGGCCGUUACCUUCCUGUGUGUGAGGUGCAGCUGGACCAGAAGGUCGUCUCACAGGGCUUCGGGCGCACUGGCUUGCAAGCUGGUGGGUUCGGACGGUUCGGCGGCCGCGCCGUCCCAAGAUAUGAGGACCCACAGGUGCGCUGGAAGCUGAACGAACUCAAGCCAUGUCCGCGCAAGGAGGUACAGGUGCAGGAGGUGGAGGAGCCGGGUGAAUGUGAGCCGCGGGCACGCUGCGCUGUGAAAUUGGAAUGGGGCAUUGAAUGGGGACAACCAUACUAUAGGUCUGAUCUGGACUUACACGCGCGAAAGCUGGAUCGUGAUGGAGAAGCCAGUUAUUCACCACAGUCCUCACACCUGUUCUUUGGCCAGAUGUGUCUCGGGCGAUGCGAGCUGCUCAAGGACAUCAACAGGACUGAGACUAAGGUGGUUAGGUGGCCGAAGGAGAUGAUGACCUUGGAUGAGGCGGGCCGAUUCGGAAUUUUCGUGCACAACUACGAGCCUCGAGAUGGCGAAGUCGACAUUCCUUACCAGGUGACUGUAAGCGGCUCACCGGAAGUCAUUUUUCGAGGCUUGUGGCCUGAAGACACCGACAUGACGGAGCGCAUGUAUCUCUUCACUGUUGAACUUCAGGCCAGCAAGUGCCUUUCGUGCCCUCACUGCAGAGUUCGCCUCAGACCGAAGUCUACUCAUACUGACGCUUUCCUCUCGACGGACGAAGAUGGGGCAAGAGAGCCUAAAGCGCUUAAGCUGGUCAAGGGGGCGGCCGUGCAGGAAAGCACAAAUGUAUACUUGAAGCUGAAGCAACCGCGAGAAGGUGGGCCAGGAGGUCCCUUCCACUACAAGGUGGUGGUGAGUAACGCGCUGAGAAUCACAGUUUCCAGCCGGCUGCGUGCAAAGCCAAAACAUUACUUCAGCACAGUCUGCGAAGUCAAGACAGCAUCGAGAUGUUGCCGGUGCUGCUUAUGGUGAUUGGCGUUCAGCGCUUACCUCGCUGGAUUUUGUCUCUAGAGGGGCAUUUACAGCUCACAGGUUUAUCCUGGAACCAGUUGCUUUAAACAUGCGCCCAAAAACGGUGGCUCCCUGAGGGAAUGCCAUUGAGCAAUCAGUGCAACGCACUUGUUCAGGGCGCUGGUUCAUGGCAAGUUUCUGAAAGCGCGCCAAAGGCGCCAGCUUUUGCCUUGACGGCGCGCUCCUUGUGCAAACAUGUGCGCGGGCCAAGCAAGCA